AUGGACUCCAAGGAGCUGCCCACUCAACCUCCGCCUGCGACAAGGCCAGUCUCGACGGCGGCGUCGCUCAUCGCUGGCUCGGUGGGCGGCAUGGCUCAGGUCAUCUCUGGCAAUCCGCUCGACGUCCUGAAGACUCGCUCUCAGCUCGCUGCGCCCGGCCAGUUCAAGGGGACGCUCGACCUGGCGACGCAGACGUUCCGCAACGAGGGUAUCCUCGCAUUCUACAAGGGUGUCACGCCUCCUCUUAUUGGCAUUGCCGCCGUCAACUCGCUCCUCUUCGCCUCGAACACCGCCGCGCGCCGCCUCAUCUCGCCGUACCCCGACCGGCUGAGCAUUGGACAGGUCGCGACAGCUGGAGCGAUGGCGGGUGCGGUUCAGGCGGUAUUGGCGAGUCCCGUCGAGAUGUUCAAGGUCCGCUUGCAAGCGCAGUACGGACCGAACCCGAAGCGCUUGCGGGACAUCGUCGGCGAGAUGUACAGCAAGUACGGAUGGCGCCAGGGUAUCAUGAGGGGCUAUUGGAUCACCUUCGUUCGCGAGAUUCCUGCCUACGCAGGCUUCUACGCCGGCUACGAGUGGUCGAAGCGGGCGCUGCAGAAGAACCUGGGAACGGAUUCGCUUCCGGUGUGGGCGACGCUGUCGGCGGGAGGAGUCGGAGGCUUGGGGUACUGGACUGCUUGCUACCCGCUGGACGUGGUCAAGAGUCGAGUGCAGAACGCCGAGCUUCCGCCGCGCGGAGCGAACUACAUCGUCGAGACGUUCAGGACGAUGUAUCGGCAAGAGGGUCUCAGGGCCUUCACCGCUGGAUUGACGCCGGCUUACCUCAGGGCGGUGCCGGCCGCCGCCGCGACAUUCCUCGGUUUCGAGCUCACCAUGGAGCUUUUGCAGAAGCACACCUCGCUCUGA